UCUAUAAAAAAAAAAAGAAGAAAACGAUGAAAUUGAGCAAAAAAUAAUUCAACAAACUUCAAAUCACACAUGAUUAUAAAUCACUUGCAUUUUUUCUUUUUCUUUUUUUUUCAUCCAACACAAAUGAUUUCAAGUCAUGAUGAAUUUGAAAUUCCAAAUCCAAGAGUUCCAACAUAUAUCUAACUCCAAUCUUUUCAUCACUAAGCUAAUGAUAUACCCUAAUAUUUUCAUUAUAAUUAUUAUUAUGAUGAUGAUUUUAAAAAUAAAUAUAAUUAUUCAAACAAAAGAAGAGAAAAUCUAAAUGUGAGAUCUCAAUGUUUCCCUCCUACCAUUAAAAAAAAAAAUAAUAAAAAUAAAAAUGCCUUGAUGAAUAAUGUUGUAGCUUCACGUGCAGUCUAAUCUGUAGAUUUGGAAAUUCCCUAUUUUUCCAUGUACAAAACCAACUUUAAAAGGCCCAUUUUUUCCAUCUCUCAAAGAGAAAACUCAAAGAAAGAACCAACCAUUUUAGUUUCCCCCUAUUUUUUUGGGUCCUCCUCUUUCCCAUUUCUCUCUUUUUUUACCUAAUUACAUUUUCAUUUCAAUCCCUCAACUUUUCUUUCUUUUUAUUUCCCACUCCCUUAUAGAGCCAAAAAAAAAAGGCAAAAAUCAACAAAAGAAAACACAGAAUUUUUACCAUUAUAGUUAUGGCUCUAGAGGCAGUUGUUUUCCCUCAAGACCCAUUUGUGUAUAAAGAUUUGUUCAAUUUGGUGAAUUCUUCUUCAAGACUCAACUUCAUCCAUGAUCAAGAUGAAGACUUUUAUAAUCUUGCCAACCAAUCACAAAAUUCUCCACCAUUAUUGGACCAAUAUGAUUAUAAUUUUAACGACGAAUCACGACGGGUUGAAUUAUCAGCGGUGGAGACGGUGGUGGUGGCGGGUGAGAUGCAGGGUGGUGGAGGGAGCGGGCGGCGGCGGAGGGGAAGAACACAAAAGAACAAGGAGGAAAUUGAGAAUCAAAGGAUGACACACAUUACAGUUGAGAGAAAUAGAAGAAAGCAAAUGAAUGAGUAUCUCUCUGUUCUUAGAUCAUUAAUGCCUCACUCCUAUGUCCAAAGGGGUGACCAAGCCUCAAUCAUAGGUGGUGCUAUCAACUUUGUUAAGGAGCUUGAGCAACAAGUACAUUUGCUUAGUGCUCAAACAAAUGUAAUAAACCACCCUUUUCCUUCUCAUGUUCCACCAAAUAAUAACAUUAUUUCUUCCUCUCCUUUCUCUCAAUCUCAUUUCUUUACCUUCCCGUCUUCAUCUUCGCCCUCGUCCUCCUCUUCGUUUUCUCUCGACGACUCCUCCUCCACCGACAUUAUGGCGUUCAACAACUCAAACAAUCUGAACAACCUGAACGGCCUAAUUCAGCCUUCCAUUGGCGAUAUCGAAGUCUCUUUGGUUGACUCCCAUGCAAACCUUAAGAUAAGAUGUAAAAAGCUCCCUAAGCAACUUCUUAAGAUUGUUUCUGGCUUGCAUUCUUUGCAUCUCACUGUUCUUCAUCUCAAUGUCUCCACUUCCCAUCAAUUUGUCCUCUAUUCUUUUAGUCUCAAGGUUGAGGAAGAUUGUGGGCUUUCUUCAGGGGAUGAAAUUGCAAAUGGUGUGUAUCAAUUGCUAUGCAGAAUUCAAGAAGAGGCAUUCUCCAUCUGAUUUUGAGGAAAAUAAAAGAAAAGGAAAAAAAAAUUAGCAUUUUAAUUAAUCAUCUUUUUUUUUUAAUUUUCUUUUUUUUUUUGAGAUUGUACUUGUUCUGUUCUUCUUCUUAUUCUCUCUAAAUUUUUGGUCUAUUCAACAAGUUCUUUGUCUUUAAAUGAUUACUAUUAAUUAGGCUUUAUGUUAACUUCUCAUU